AUGACUACACGCGCUCUGACCGUGUGGGCCGCUGUCCUGUUCGGUUUACGCGUAAGCGCAGCCGACUCNCUCAAGGAUAUCGACCAUGUCGUUUUGUUCAUGCAGGAGAACCGCGCCUUUGACCAUUACUUCGGCACCAUGGCUGGUGUCCGAGGAUUCGCGGACCCCAAUGUGCACUACAAUGGUGGAAGAUCUGUUUUUCAUCAUAAUCAUGGCGCGUUGAAUGCAGAUCGCAAUGACAAAUGGGCACUUGCAAACACCCCAUGGUCGUGGGGCUACUUCAAGCGCGCUGAUCUGCCUAUACACUUUGCAAUUGCCGAAGGCUGGACAGUUGGCGAUAUGUAUCAGUCCGUGAUUGCUUCAACAAACCCCAACCGCGUGAGUUGGAUAAGUGGUUCCAUCAACGCACCAGGCUCUCCGCAGUCUCAGUCCGAAGGUGGUAUCGUCAUUGAUAACAAUGUAAGCACUAAACUCAUGCAAAUGAUACAUCAAUCUGACAUAUGUAGNGAAACUCCUGGAUGCGAGGGCCCGAAUCUGAACUGCUAUCCCACCACGUGGAAAACUAUACCAGAGUACUACCAAGAUGCUGGCGUCUCAUGGCAGGUCUAUCAAGACACAGACAACUUCGAUGACAACCCUCUUGCAUGGUUCAAGCAAUUCCAAGAUGCAUCCAACACAAGUGCACUAGGUCAACGUGGUAUGGCUUAUGUUGGACUUGACAAAUUCUAUGCCGAUGCUGCAGCUGGAACCUUGCCUCAAGUUUCGUACAUCAUUGGCCCUGCCGAACUCUCCGAGCAUCCUCCAUAUCAACCCAGGGACGGAGCAUGGCUACAACGAAAGGUCGUCGAGGCUGUUGUCAAUGGCAAAAACUACAAGAACACUGCCCUCAUCAUCAGUUAUGACGCAGGCGAGUGGAUUGAAGAUCCUUAUAAUGAGUUUGGAUACCCUNNAGGUUUCCGUCUGCCGUUCUACAUCGUCUCCCCUUGGACGCGUGGUGGCAACGUGUACACCGAACAUGCUGAUCACAUAUCGCAAAUCAAGUUUGUUGAUCUCACAAAAGCAUUCGACUUUUCUCACCCUGACUAUAGUAUUCCCGUCUUGCCCGAUAUUACCGCNCCCUCGGUCGAUGAAUCAGGAAACUACAAUGGAUAUUCUCUAUGUCAAGCUAAAUACCCCCGCGACUCACGUCCUCCCGUACCUUAUGGCGAGCAAUCCGAAGCCUCAGCACUUGCCACCGAGCAAGGCUACAAAUUAGUGCGUGGCCAAUUGACCGAAGGCCGCUUUUUGGUGUUCGANAAGAACGGUUUCGCACUAUCGGCCAGCAACAAUUACUUGACCGCCACGCGCAGUAGUCCCAUCCAUGAGAUCUUAUCCCAGCGAUGGAUUUUGCACCAGGUCGAGCAGGGUGACAAUCAAUUUACCCUCAGCAGUGUGGUUAGUGGCAAGUGUGCUGCAGGCAUUGGCGAGAUGAGUGAUUGUUCUCAGGCAGCGCCAAUCUCUAUCAAUGACUUGGGCAAUGGCAAGGGUCAUUCGUUGCAAACCUCCACAGGACAACACAUCUCCAUCAACACGGAUGGUAAAGUUAUCCUGAGCUCAAAGGUCGAAGGAUUCCAGAUCUUUAGUGUUAGCUACAAGGCUUAG